AUGGCAGCUGUGUACCGGGGCCUGCGCUUUGUCGGUGGUAAUAAAAGCUCGAAUGCUUGCGAGGCGAGCGGGUCUAUCCCACGCUUUGCCGUGGCCGGAGGUGGUGCCACUGGCGUCCACGACAGCGGCGACGGUGGCCAGAGCGUUUUUGUCGACGUGGGUUUCCCGUUUCGGUCCCCUGCUGACAUUACCUCGGACAGGGGCCCACAGUUUGUUUCUGAGCUUUGGUCUGCUAUGGCUGACGGCUUGGGGGUCAAGGUCCACCGCACCACAGCAUACCACCCGCAAGCUAACGGGAUGUGCGAAAGGUUUCACCGGUCUCUUAAGGCCGCGCUCCGGGCUUCCUUAACAGGUGGCGACUGGGUCGACCGUCUUCCGUGGGUUUUGCUGGGAUUGCGUAGCGCGGUUAAAGAAGACCUCGGGGUUUCCCCGGCUGAACUGGUCCUCGGCCAGCCCCUCCGGGUCCCCGGGGAAUUCUUGCCUGAGAGCCCUCCCCCAUGUUUUGAUCCCUCUUUGUUGCCUUUUCGCCCCCCGAAAGGCACGAUGCCCAUAGGACUCCGCUGCGUCCCCCAUAUGACGGGCCGUACAGGGUUCUUAAACCAGGGCAAAGAUGAGCCAUUCUAUGUGUUAAAUCUUGAUGAUAUAUUAGAAAAGCACAUCAGGUGGAUCACUAGGUUGCCUCGGGUCAAACCUUUCUAUGCAGUAAAGUGCAACUACACACCAGCAGUUAUCAGGAUGCUCAACGCUCUGGACACAGGUUUUGACUGUGCCAGCAAGGCUGAGAUCGAGCUGGCCCUGUCCCUUGGAGUUACGCCUGAUAAGAUCAUUUAUGCCCAUCCUACCAAACCACGGUCCCACAUUAGAUAUGCCCGCACUCACAGAGUGAAUGUAAUGACUUUUGAUAAUGAGGAGGAACUCUUAAAAAUCUCUCUUACCCAUCCUCAAGCCAAGCUAGUAAUGCGAAUUGCAGUGGAUGACUCCAAAUCUCUCCUAAGACUCAAUGCAAAGUUUGGAGUCAGACUGUCCUCAGUUAGUAAACUGCUGGAAUGUGCCAGAUGGCUGAACUUGGAGGUGAUUGGGGUCAGCUUCCACGUAGGCAGUGGGUGCACUGGAAGUAUGGCCUUCAAGCAGGCUAUCACAGAUGCUCGAUAUGCUUUUGAUAUAGCAAAUUCAGUGGGCUUCCAGAUGCGCCUCUUGGAUAUUGGUGGAGGUUUUCCUGGGAGAGAAGACUUCACUGAAGUGAAAUUUGAGGAGUUUUCAGAAGUCAUUAAUAAAGCACUGGAUGAAUUAUUCCCACCUGCCAAUGGGUUGGAGAUCAUUGCAGAACCAGGCCGAUUCUAUGUCGACUCAGCCUUCACACUGGCAGUAAAUGUCAUUGCCAAAAGAGUUGAAGACACAGAUGAAUGCAGUGGUAAAUGCUUACCAGAUCGGAAGGACUACAGCUCUGAGAAGAUGAUGAUGUACUACAUUAAUGAUGGAGUAUACGGAUCAUUAAGCUACCUUAUCAAUGAUCCUGCCCACACCAAGGUUGAACCAUGGCCUCUCAGGGUAAAUAAUAUAAAAUCACCAUGCUUUUGACUCUGUGUUCAUAUCCAGUUUCUUGUGGUAAAAGUUGGUAAAAUUGUGGUUAUAGCAUACCAUGUACAUUUAAGUCAUGGUUACAGUUAGGCAACUGGUCC